AUGAAGUUAGGUUCAAUUCAAGCUUCAAAAUGGUUGGAUCAACAUUAUCCUAAGAAUGGGGUUUGUAAAUACAAAGGGGGUGAGUUUAAAAAUUUUGGUAAAAGAAGGAGAGAAAUUACACACUUAGACAUUUCGUGUCAUAAUCGUUAUGGGUUAAAUAAAAUAAAAGGCAAAUUAGACUUAGAAGAUUUUGUAAAUUUAGUCGAAUUACGAUGCACUAAUAAUAAGUUAAAUGACUUAACGAUUAACAAUUUAAUUAAGUUGAAAAUAAUUAAUUGUUCUAGUAAUGAAUUUUGCCAUUUAGAUUUCGAGGGCUUUCCUGAACUUGAAGAAAUUGAUUGCACUAAUAAUGAAGAAUUGACUUGUUUAACACUAAAAAAUUGUCCUAAUAUUGAAGUAGUAAAAUGUCCUGUUAAUAGAUUAACUUUAAAAAUAACUGGUUGCUACAACCUCAAUGUUGAACAAUAUUUAGAUGAUAACAAGAUAAAGGAUUUAUAUAUAAAUAAUGAUGAUGUAAAAGAGAAAGAAAGGUUAAAAAAGAUAAAUAAUCAAUUAAAACAGAGAAUAACUGAAUUAGGGGAAAUAAUAACUGAAUUAGAAGAAUUGCCAGUUGUAAGUAAAAAAGACAUACUAAUAAUUGGUCGUACUGGUAGUGGGAAGUCUACUUUGGCUAAUGUUUUAUUCAAUAAAAAUAAUAAAAAUGGUAAUUUUGAAGAAGUAUUUAGAGAAGAUGAUAUUUCAGAAAGUGUAACUACCCAAUUGCAAGUGGAAGAAACAGAAAUAAAUGGAAUGAAUUAUCGGAUUAUUGAUACAGUAGGCUUCGGAGAUACUGGCACUGUAACUGGAGAUAAAGCAGUGUUGGAAGCAGUAAAAACUACGUAUGCAGUUAAAGAGGGAAUAAACCAAAUUUUAUUUGUUGUUGGUAGCAGGAGUGACAUCGAUGAAAAAGCAAUAAGGUUUUAUAACUCAUUAAAGGAUGAAAUUUUUGGAGAAAAUAUUUUUAAAUACACAACGAUUGUUCGCACUAAUUUCGAACUUUCUGCUGAUAAAAAAAGAUGUAAUGAAGAUAUCAAGGCUUUAAAGAAAAACAAAUUAAUUUCUGAAUUGGCAAACUCAUGUAAUGGGAUUAUUCACGUAAAUAAUCCAUCUUUAAAAGUCCGGUCAGGCAAUAUAACUGAGCGUCACAAAUUUCGGACAGAAUCACGUAGAGUAUUAGAAAAUCAUUUAUCUGCUUGCAAAAAUGUUUAUCGGCCUAGUAAAUUAAAAGAGGUAGUCUGUAGACUUGAUCGGGAGUUAGAUAAUAGGGGAAUUGAUUUUAACAAGCAAUUAAUUGGAUCUAAUUUCUCAGCAAGGUUAGAAGAUAUAGUGGAAAUAGCACUCAUUUGUAUGCCAAUUGUUACUGCACUGGUGAAGGUAGCAUUAGCUCACUCUUGCCAAAUAACCUAA